AUGGUACCGAGUACCCACCUGGUCCGGAAACCCUCAGGAGUGGCGCACCUUCAAGAGGGAGAUGAAUUGGUGGAUUCGUCUCUCGACGCGGACCAGUGCAGAAAGUUCAACGUUGCUGCACGGUGGGCCCUACGCCAAUAUGGCGUGGUUCGAGCGAGAUGUGAAGAAUUUGAUCCAGCGGAUCUUGAAGGGACACCGGAAGAUGUCAUGGUGGAUCCCGACAGCGGCGAGAAGGUGGUUCGAGCUGCAGCUGAUCCGUUCAGCGGCCUUCGAAAGCUGAUGACAGCUUUGGAGUCGACGGAGGGCAAGUCCGCCUUGGAUCGCAAAGGAGAACUUCGAUCCUUGUACUACCAGGAGAUCAAGCGCAAUCCUGGAGAGCGCAUCAGCGCCUUUUGCACCAGAUUUCGCACGCUGGUGGCAGAGCUUCGUCGAGAAGGCAUUGCAAUGCCUGAUGAGGAGAUUGGUUGGAUGCUCAAGGAGCGCCUUGGCCUCGACGCCAUCCGGAAGCAGCUUCUCGAAACGGCCUUAGCUGGCCGUGAGUCUUACGACAUGGUGGAAGCCGAGUGCCUCCGACUUUUUCGAGAUUUGCACUCGUCCGAUCCUUUGAAUCGGACCAAGCACUUCGAGAAGGCACCACUGCUUCAGAGGUUUUUGCAGCCCCAUGACCGCAAUAGCUCAGCAUCCUCCUAUAGGCCCUCGACCUCAGCAAGUUCGACAGCCCCCUCAUCCAGGUCUUUCAGAUCUCAGAGCUCUUUGUCCAGUCGGCCACCGUUCAAGAAGUUUGGACCUCAGCCUCGACAGGCUUUGGUGGCCGAAGGUGUUGAAGAAGAUGAUGCACCGCCAGAAGGCGAUGAGGAAGAGCUGAUCCCUGAUGACACACAACAUGGUCUUGCGGAAGGCCUCACCAUCGAGGAAGUGCUCCAGACGGAAGCUGAGUUGUUAGCUUCUGAACUUCAGGAGCUUGAAACUGAUGGUUGCGAUCCCCAUGUCCUUGAAGAGCUCGAGAGUGGCAUGGAACAAGCUGCAGAGAGCCUCCUGACCAUGCGAGAGGCUCGAACGAAGAUUGCUGAAGUGAAGAAGGACCGUGGCUACGGCAAGGCAGCCGUCGGUGGUCCACGAUCCAUGAAGCCGCACGGCAACGAGAUCCCCAAGCAGAAGAGCACGACCAAGUGUUUUGACUGCGGUGAAACUGGCCAUUGGGCUGGUGAUGCUGGCUGCAAAGCCCCUGGUGCUGGAUUGGCCAAGCCAAAAGGCCGUGGAAAGGGCACUCCGCCUGCCAAGCAAGUCAGGGUGACUGAAGCCCUGAACACAGAGCAUGUUGUUCCGCCCUCAGCUGAUGAAGAUGAGCAUGAGGUCAUGGCGGUCUCAAAUGAAGAGUGCUUCACCAUGCCGCUGUCCGAAGUGUUGAACCAGCAGCACGUGAAGACUUUGAGCGUGCUCUGCCUCGCUCAGGACAAAAAGUUCGCGGGCGCCCUCGACUCGGCCUGCAACCGGACUUGCGCCGGAAGUUCAUGGUUGGCCUACUACUUGGCGUCCCUCUCCAAAGCCCCCAAAGAGAUCCAAGACCUCAUCAUCGCCGUGAAGGAAGAUGAGUUGUUCAGGUUUGGCAAUGGAGGGACACAGCGCAGCACCAUUCGCUACCGGUUGCCCAUGACCCUCGGAUCUUCGUUGGUGUUGGUUUGGGUCUCCAUUGUUCCGGUCCCCUCACUUGGACUCCUCCUCGGUCGAGACUACUUGAGUGCCAUCGGUGCGGUCCUCUCGUUCGGUCGGAAGAAGUUGAGGGCUGAUUUGGUGAAUGGUGAGAUGUUGGAACUUGGACAGUUGGCCGCAGGUCAUUUCGCCUUGCCUCUCCAGCCAACCACUUGGCCAAGUCCGGGCACUCAACGAUGGAGGAAACUGGGACAGGACGGGAUCAUCGAGUUGCAGUUGAAUAGUUUUGAUUUUUGGAAGCGACAGUUGCAGUUGAAGCUUUCUCAUUUGGAUGUUUGUUUUGAUGCUGCCCAUGCACCACACGAGCAUUUGGUGACAGAGCACGGCAUCCAAGCUGCGACGUCGGCCUGGGCUCAAGCAAUGAAGGCGAAUCAUCCUCCGCCUUCGAAAACGGGCAGAAUGGCACGCCCAUGGCUUGCUCUUGUGGCUCUUGCCGCGACUCGACCACAUCUGCGGUACGCGCCCUUUCCGUACCCCAGCAUCAGCCACACCAAACAUUGGCAAGAACAAGCCGAGUCCAUGAUCCUCCAGAAGCCAAAAGCUUUGGCGCAAUUUCACUGGCAGCGAGCUCGCCACCAGGAACAGCCUGUCUACACGACCAAGAACUUGAUGGAGUUGGGGCAGUUCCGCAAUCGAGUUGGCCUCGAGUUCGCUUUCAUGGAGGACAACAUGUUGCAGGGCAUGCUGGCGGCAAGAUCCAGCAAGGGCAUCAAGUCUCAGAUGCGCCGCGAAGCCAUCGCAGAGGCGCAGAUGGAGGCAGAGGAGACGGCGAAACGUGGAGAGAAGAUGACAGCAGUUCGAGCCCUGAUCGGACCCAAAGGUGGCCUUCCGACUUUCAUCAAGCUCGCCGCGCUCCUCAACGUGACGGUGGAUUCCAAGAUGACCGUGGAGGACAUCAAGAAAGCUUGUCGUCCCAUCGUUCAGGACAUCGCCAAGACUCCGACAAGCAAGGCCAGUCCGGCCAUGAGCUCCACCGACAAGCACGCGCCCAAGCCUUCAAUGGCAAAGUCGGCAGCUCCUCCGCCAAUUCCGGAGCCAAAAGCCCCUGGGGUGACAGCUCAAGAAGUACAAGAAUUGCUGACCCUGCAGGAUCAGAAGUUUCAGGGCAUGCUGAACCAAGUGCUUCAGAGCGUCAACAGUCUACAUGGCGCAGCCCGUGGUCCCGAUCCUUCCUACCAGUGGACGAUGAUGCAGGACACUCAGAUGGGCUCUCCGGAGGAAGAGCACAGCUGGACGCCGCAAGAGAUUCAAGAGCUGAACCGCGACUACUACCAGUCCGACGCAGAGUGGAGGCAGGACGUGAAGCCCGGUCAAGCUCAGCUCAUUGCAGAUGCUUGGCGACGCCACGAGCGUGAGAGAAAGCUGAUUUCUUUGAGUGCCAAAGAGGUCAAUGAGAUCUAUGAGUCGCAAUGGACAAGUGACAUGGACCACUUCCAAGACGAGACCUUUGUCACUUGCCUCACCCUUGACCUCAAGAAUGAUGCUGACCAGUCCGUCGAGCAUGACGCUCUUGCGAAUGUCACCGUUCCAAAGAAUGCCCAAGUCUCUGCCAAGACCUUUCAGCCUGUGAACCCCAAGACCUUUGUGACUGAGGUUUACACCACUACGGAGCGAGUGGCAAAGACAGCAAAAGCGCGAGGACACAAGGUUGGUGAUUCUAUGAGCUUGGAAAGUGGUUGGAACUUCCUCAAGCCCCUUGACCGACAAGCUGCGAGGCGCAAGCUGGCAUUGGAGAUGCCUUUCUUCCUGGUUUUGGCCUUCCCUUGUUCUUUUUGGAGCAUCCUGUUGAACCUCAACCAUCCGAAGAAUGCCCAGGAGCUCUACCAACAGGCCAUCACCCUGUUGCGCUUUGCAAUUCAGUUGGCAAAAGAUCAACGCCAGCGUGGCUGUCACUUCAUCCUGGAGAAUCCUCAAAGCUCCAGGGCACGGUCGCUUGAAGAGAUGGUCAAGGCACUUUCCACGUUGGAGGCUCUGAUUUUCACCAGCCACUAUCCCUGGGCCCUUGCAAAAGCCCUGGUUGUUGGAAUGGAACAUCAGUUCGAACAGGACUUCCGAAAGCCUCACUACACCCUGGCCGUCGAAGAUGGUGAGGAGGAUGUGGAUGAGCGCAUGCCUGCGGUUGACCUAGAUGAGAGCGACUCAGAUGUCGCAAACGAAGAAGGCUCAAAAGCCCCAAAGAUUUCGGCAAGCGCCAAGCAAGCUUUGAAGCGCCUACAUGAAAACACCGGACAUCGUUCUGGCCGUCGUCUAGCAAGAGCACUUGCUGUGUCAGGAGCCCCUCCAGAGCUGAUCUAUGCAGCACGGCAUUUGAAGUGCUCCAUUUGUGAUGAACAACGAGCUCCAAAGGCCCGACGACCAGCAACGCUCCCAGUUCCAAAAGAUGUUUGUGAUCAAGUGCACGUUGACAUCUUUGAAGCCUGGGACAUCAAUGAAAAGCGCUUUUACGUGGUGCACGCCAUUGACUUUGUCUCCCGGCUGCAGAUGGCUGAAGUGUUGGAACACAAGAGCUCCAGCAUGGUCGAGCGCUUCUUUCGAACCCGUUGGUUGCCCGUUCUUGGAGCAAUCCUGAAGGGCAUCAUGCGAGCUUGCAUCAAGGCUCACUCCGCAAUGGGCAAGGAAGACCUCGACAUUUGCUUGCAAGAGUUAGUUGCCGCCUACAAUGGUGACAUCAACGACGCUGGAGUGUCGCCGACGCAAGCCGAGUCUUGCUCGGCAAGUGGCUAUGCGGGAGACCACAAGGCUUGCAAUGGGGUUCGUUUGCACUUCUCCAAAGGUGACAUCGUCUACUUCUUCCGGCAAACUCGCUACAACAACAAGACAAUGUGGAACCUCAUGCUGAACCCCGUCAGCUCCCUGCUUUACCUGAAGAAGCUCCGGCUGAUUUACCUCCUCUACAACCGCGUGAGCUGGUGCAAGCACUGGGACCUUCUGUACCUGCCCCGUCGACAGGUGGCUGGUGUGUCGGCCCAGAGCAGUCAACUAGAUGAUGACGCUGGAUCCACGAAACGUCCAGCUGAACUUGAUGCAGAACAACUUCGCCAAGAAGCUGAACAGAGUCGCGCAGAACCGGCUCUCCCUAUGCCAGUUCCUGAAGCAGCUGGCUCAGAAGCUUUGCAGGUGACCCAUGAAGUGUUGGAAACUUUGGCCUUUUCACAUGUUCAUCCUCUACGGCAAAUUCAACAGAUGGCCGAGCUUGAUCGUCAAGAUCCCUUGUCCGCCUUGGUGCAUGAUCACGGCACUUGGCGUGGAAACUGGCCCUUGCCUUCGAGGACCGAGUUCAAAAAGAGGCAAACUUUGAAGCAACUAUGGCCGCUGGGCAACAAUGAUGCUGCCCAAGAAGUUUUUGCUGUGUUGACAGCCCGGAAGGAACGUUCUUGGACACAGAUGACUGCGCUUGAGAAAAAGGAGUUCCGUGAAGCAGCCACCAAAGGCUGGUCUGUUUGGGUUGAGAACGAUGCCAUCGAGCCCCUGCCGGAUGAUGAAGCUUUGAAGAUUCGUACCAAGUUGAAGGCUGAAAAUGAAAGCCACCGCAUUUUGGUUCCUCGCUUCGUCUACACCGACAAGAAUGAGGGCCUUCGAACUGAGCAGCAAGACCUUCCACUGAAGGCCAACGCAAGAUUGGUCGUGCCCGGCUACCAGGACAUCUCAGCCUAUGGCCUUCGCUGUGACGCUCCUACUGCUUCGAGGACCUCGCAGCACCUGUUGCUGACUUUUGCUGCUAGCAUGAAGUGGCGGUUGGCGAGCGCUGACAUCAAGUCCGCCUUCAUGAAGGGCGAAGAAUUUGGUCCAGAAGAACGUGUUUUGUACUUGGCCAACAUUCGCACCAAGGCAGCAGAUGAGCCUCAGCUUCCCUUUUCUUCGUUUGGCCUAUGCCGCGUGAAGAAAGGUGUUUUUGGUUUGGCCGACAGCCCUCGACGCUGGCAAAAGCGACUUUGCAAGUCUGUGCAUCGCCGCGGCUGGCGCAUGUCUUCCCUGGACUCAGCUAUGUGGUUCCUUUGGUCGACAGAUGGCUCCAAGCUUGAAGGCAUCCUCAUAUCCCACGUUGAUGAUUUGUUGCUUGGAGGAAACCAGAGAGCCCAUGAGACAUUGAAGUCCCUUGGUGAAGAAUUGGGCUUCGGCUCUACGUCCUCCGGAACCAUCACCUACUGUGGCAAGAAGAUUGAGCAGCGCUCGGACUUCUCGAUUCGAGUGUCGAUGGAGGAAUACCACCAGAACAUUCAACAAGACGCUUAUGACAAGUCCUGCUCCGAGACCCCGAGUUACGGGUUGCCUGAGCCUCGUUUUUCCCGAAAGGAGCUUCCAUAUCGCUCCACCUUUGCCCGCUUUGAUGGCAAACACAGUUGCCAAUGGCGCCAACUUGAAGCCAACGAGGAUUUGAACGAGCUUCCGAACGCUCGUCGACCGCUUGAAUCAGUGGCGGCCCGCCUGAUCACGGUGUUUGGAGCGCAUCCGACACAUGUGCAAGAAAAGAAGAAGAUCGACUGUGGAAACGCUGUUUUGCCUUCAGUGUCGGAUGGCCGAUCGUGA